AUCGCGCCGCUUCUGCUCGCGUUUUUACCGAACCAACGCGCCUCUUGCACAGGCAACAGGCUCUAGAGGUUAUUAAUCAUAAAACUCGGUCUUUUACGUUGAGUGUUUCAGCAGUUCGACCAUGAGUGUCGGUUAUUGCCCCGCGUAACGCGUACAAAGACGGAGAUUAUGGAGUAAACGCGCGUCGCACGGCCGCUCGAUUCAUCACAACAAUAACAACAAUACUGCUAUGGCACUCUCGGUGAUCCAGGCGUGUCGUAGUCUGGCCCUGUCCACCUGGCUGCUGUCCUUCUGCUUCGUCCAUCUGCUGUGUUUGGACUUCACGGUGGCGGAGAAGGAGGAAUGGUACACGGCGUUCGUCAACAUCACCUACGUGGAUCCGGACACGGCCGAGGUCCGGACCGAGAAGACCGAGUGCGGGCGUUAUGGGGAGCACUCGCUCAAACGCGAGGCCAAAGGCGUGCUGGCGAUGCCCGCCGCGACGCAUGACAGAAACGCGUGCGACCCCAACAGCAGAUUCACGCCGCACGUCCACGGCGCGUGGAUCGCGCUCAUCAGCAAGGGAAACUGCACAUACAGAGACAAAAUCCGAAACGCCGUGGGAAAAAACGCGUCAGCUGUGGUCAUAUUCAACGUGGGGUCCGCCAACCCGAAUGAGACCAUCACCAUGUCAGAUCCAGGCACGGGUGACGUGGUGGCCAUCAUGAUUCCCGAGCCGAAGGGCCGCGAGCUGGUUCUUCUGAUGGAGAGGAACAUCACCGUUCACAUGCACAUCACCAUAGGUACACGCAACCUCCAGAAAUACGUCAGCCGCACCUCCGUGGUCUUCGUCUCCAUCUCCUUCAUCAUCCUCAUGAUCAUCUCGCUGGCCUGGCUCGUCUUUUACUACAUCCAGCGCUUCAGAUACGCCAACGCCAGGGACCGCAACCAGAGGAGGCUGGGCGACGCUGCCAAAAAAGCCAUCAGCCAAUUACAAGUGCGGACCAUCAGGAAAGGCGAUCAGGAGACGGAGAGUGAUUUUGAUAACUGUGCCGUGUGUAUCGAGGGUUAUAAACCAAAUGAUGUAGUGCGAAUCUUACCCUGCAGGCAUCUGUUUCAUAAAGGCUGCGUCGACCCGUGGUUGGUGGACCAUCGUACGUGUCCCAUGUGCAAAAUGAACAUCCUCAAAGCUCUCGGCCUCACGUCGAGUGCCGAGUGUCUGAAUGAACUUCCUCUGGACUAUGAGCUCGCCGUGGGAGGCGUGGCCCUCAACGCCAUGGUGAUGAGCGAUGAUGUCAUGGCCGGCGACGUCGUCGGGGGGCGUGACCCCGGCGUGAGGAUGGUGGGUCUCCCUCAGGUCCUCCUGGACUCUGAGCCGCUGUCCCAGGACACCAUGCCAACCGAACAGAGUGAGUUACAGCCAAUAGCCAGCGGCAGUUCAGAGUUGUCGCUCGCCACGGGGGCGGGGCAUUCGGACAUUGACACGCCCACCGACGACCCAAAGUGCUGAUCUGGCCACGCCCACUGAUGCUCAAAAGUUUGCGUGACCACGGCGACGGGCCUAGACGGGUUGAACGGGCUUCGAAUGGCCAGUGAUUGACCGUGUAACAAACACACUGCCUGCCGAGUACAUACUACAAUCCACGUCCGACGUUCAUUUCAUCUACUUUCCUUAUUCUCUGAAAAGCAGGGUAAACUCUGUUCUCUCUCGCCCGCAGUGCACACUACAGUAUGCACUUGAGCUAAAGCACUUGUUCGGUAUCGGCAGACGAUCGGUUCCGUUCUGCUCGACAAUCUUCUCUUUCCUACCGCCGCAGUGUUCGCUGCCCGUUUUACCAUUUGUCUGUGAUCCCAGCGGGAAGAACGUGUCAAAGACUAUUUUGAAUCUGAUCAGAAGUGGUUUAUUUUUCUAUAGAGAAGCAUUUGAUGUGCUUGAGUUCUGCAGUAUUAAAAAAAAGAAGAGAAUCUCAGUAUUAGACGCCUUCCUCUUGGAGAUUUUUGGGAUUUGGCCCUCACCAAAGACGCCAGACCCGGCGCGCGUGACGGACGUUGUGCGGGACAAAACUGUGGGACUUUCUAGGAAGUGCCCUUUGGAUUCUGUGGAGCAGGACAUGUGAUGUUUGCUGUGCAUGCCACAUGCCCUGUCCACUUGUCAUUGUAGUGGAGUUCAUUUAAAGAGACAGUUCACCCAAAAAUGAAAGUUUGCUGAAAUUGUACUCACCCUUAGGGCAUCCAAGAUGAGGAUGAGUUUGUUUCUUUAUCAGAUUUGGAUGGAGAAAUGUAGCUUUACAUUAAUUGCUCACCGAUGUAUGCGAAUGGGUGCCGUCAGAAUGAGCGCCCAAACAUCUAAUAAAAACAUCACAAUAAUUCACAAGUAAUCCACAACACUCAAGUCCAUCAAUUAAAAAACAGAUGGCCCAAAAAAUGGCCUGAAUUGCAGUGAAUGGGUGCCGUCAGAAUGAGAGUCCAAACAGGUGAUGAAAACAAUCACAAUAAUCCACAAGUAAUCCACACCACUCCAGACCAUCAGUUAACAUCUUGAGAAGACAAAAGCUGCAUGUUUGAAAGAAACAAAUGCAUUAUUAAGAUGUAUUUUAACUAAAAUACAAGUCCAUAAUCCAAAAUAAUGCUUCCUCUAGUGAAAAAAGUCAUCUGGUCUGAAUCAGGAGAGAAAUAUGCACAGAUAUGCACAGCCAAAACAAAUAUGUGGGUGGAUUGUGAUGUGAGAGACAACAGUAGAUAAACUUUUUCACUGAAGGAAACAUUAUUAUUGACUCAUAUUCUAGUUAAAAACAUCAUAAUGACAUUUGUUUCUUAGAAACAUGCAGUUUUUGGCUUCUCAAGAUGUUAACUGAAGGACUGGAGUGGUGUGGAUUACUUGUGGAUUAUUGUGAUGUUUUUAUCAGCUGUUUGGACUCUUCUUCUGACGGCACCCAUUCACAUCCAUUGUUGAGCAAGUGAUGGAUGCUUUGAUUGCUGAUGAAAAUACAAACUUAUCUACAUCUUGGAUGGCUCUAAAGAUGGCCUGAAUUGCACUGAAUGGGUGCCUUCAGAAUGAGAGUCCAAACAGCUGAUAAAAACAUAAAACAAUAAACCACAAGUAAUAAACACCACUCCAGUCCAUCAGUUAACAUCUUAAGACUGAAGCUGUGUGUUUCUAAGCAACAAAUAGAUAUUCAAGACGUUUUUAACUUUAAACCAUUGGUUCCAGCUAAAAAAAAUCCAUAAUCCAUAAUAACACUUCCUCCAGUAAAAAAAAAAAAAAAAAGUCAAAACAGCUCUAAACAAAUCUGUGGGUGGAUUUUGAUGUGAGACACAACAGGAGAUGGACUUUUCCACUGGAGGAAACAUUACUAUGGACUCAUUUUAGUUAAAAAUGUUUCAACGAUGAAUUUGUUUCUUACAAACACUCAACUUUUGGCUUCUCAAGAUGUUAACUGAUGGACUGGAGUGGUGUGGAUUACUUGUGUAUUAUUGUGAUGUUUUUAUCAGCAGUUUGGACUCUCAUUCUGAUGGCACCCCUUCACAUCCAUUGGUGAGCAAGUGAUGUAAUGCUUCUUCAAGAAACAGUAAGUGGCCUGAGGGCGAGGACAUUUUCAGCAAACUUUGUUUUGGGUGAACUGUUCCUUUAAAGGAAUAGUUCAUCUCAAAAUUUCUGUUACUGUUUAUUCACCCUCAAGUCAUUCCCAAAUUUUUCUUUUCUUUCCUUCGCUUGCUCACCAAUAGAUGUGAAUGGGUGCCGUCAGAAUGAGAGUCCAAACAGCUGAUAAAAACAUCACAAUAAUCCACAGCUAAUCCACACCACUCCAGUCCAGAUUUUGGUUUCUCAAGAUGUUAAUUGAUGGACUGGAAUGGUGUGGAUUAUUGUGAUGUUUUUAUCAGCUGUUCGGACUCUCCUUCUGACGGCACCCAUUCACUUCCAUUGGUGAGCAAGUGAUGGAUGCUUUAUUUCUCCAAAUCUGAUGAAGAUACAAACUCAUCUACAUAUUGGAUGGCCCUAAAGGUGGCCUGAGUUGCAGUGAAUGGGUGCCAUCAGAAUGAGAGUCCAAACAGCUGAUAAAAACAUCACAAUAAUUCACAAGUAAUAAAUACCACUCCAGUCCAUCAGUUAACAUCUUGAGAAGACUGAAGCUGUGUGUUUCUAAGAAACAAAUCCAUCUUCAAGACGUUUUUAACUUUAAACCGUUGGUUCCAGCUAAAAAGAAAAGAAUCCAUAAUCCAUAAUAACGCUUCCUCCAGUAAAAAAAAAAAAAAAAGUCAAAA